AUGGAGAAGGAAACAGAGAUUGUGAGGACAGAGAACGGGUCUCCUUUCCGUUUUCUUAUGGAAAGAAAGCCUCCAGUCCGGAUUCGAAAAAUGGACAUGAUGAAAAGCCAACUCAGAAAAAACUGCACUUGCUCCAUGAGGAGAAUGAAAAAGUCAGUCAUGGACUUCUUCCCUGUGUUACGAUGGCUUCCCAAAUACAACUGUAAAGAAUAUAUCUGGGGGGACGUUAUGUCUGGCCUCGUCAUUGGGAUCAUUUUGGUACCCCAAGCAAUAGCCUACUCUCUGCUAGCGGGCCUGAAGCCAAUUUAUAGCCUUUACACUUCCUUCUUUGCCAACAUUAUCUACUUCCUCAUGGGUACCUCCCGACAUGUUUCGGUUGGAAUUUUCAGCUUAUUAAGCUUAAUGGUUGGACAAGUCGUGGACAGAGAACUGCUCUUGGCAGGGUUUGACCUCAACGACGAUCCUCAGGAAGCCACCUACAGCAGAGGCCAUUUGAAUGUUACAGUUUACAACGUUACCCUCGGCUCUGUGAGUACUGAAUGUGGGAAAGAAUGCUACGCCAUUGGAGUAGCUACGGCACUGACCUUCUUGGCUGGAGUUUAUCAGGUUCUGAUGGGACUUUUCCGCUUGGGCUUUGUGUCGAUGUAUCUCUCCGAGCCUGUCCUGGAUGGGUUUGCUACGGGUGCUUCGGUGACCAUUUUAACAGCUCAAGUGAAGUAUCUCAUCGGGAUCAAGAUCCCGCGUGCCCAGGGGUACGGGAUCUUAAUAACCACCUGGGUUAACAUUUUUCGCAACAUUGCCCAGGCUAACCUUUGCGAUGUCAUUACAAGCACCAUCUGCAUUGCUGUGCUGGUCACCGCCAAGGAGCUAGGGGACAGAUACAAGCAUCGGCUCAAGGUCCCGCUUCCUACCGAGCUAGUGGUGAUUGUGGUGGCCACGCUGGUGUCUCAUUACGGGCGACUGAAUGAAGUCUACGCCUCCAGUGUGUCAGGCGCCAUCCCGACUGGAUUUAUCCCUCCCCGAGUUCCCGACGUCAGCCUCAUGCAGAGAGUUGCCGUCGACGCCCUCCCUCUCGCCAUCGUUGGCUUUGCGUUCACCAUUUCGCUCUCGGAAAUGUUCGCCAAGAAGUACGCUUACACGGUCCGAGCCAAUCAGGAAAUGUUCGCCAUCGGCUUCUGCAACAUCAUCCCGGCUUUCUUCCACUGCUUCGCCACCAGCGCAGCUCUGGCCAAAAGUCUGGUCAAAUCGUCGACGGGAUGCCAGACCCAGGUGUCCAGCAUCAUAAGUGCCGUGGUCGUCCUACUGGUGCUGCUGUUCUUUGCUCCCCUUUUUUACAACUUGCAGAAGUGCAUCUUGGCCUGCAUUAUCAUCGUCAGCCUAAGGGGAGCCCUUCGGAAAUUCAAAGACGUCCCCCGGCGCUACCGCCUAGACAAAAUCGAUGCACUCGUGUGGUGCGUGACGAUGCUGGCCUCUGCCCUCAUCAGCACUGAAAUGGGACUUCUGGUGGGGGUUGUUUUCUCAAUGCUGUGCAUUGUUGGCCGCACCCAGGUUCCGCAUGCUGCCCUACUGGGCCGAAUUGCGAACACUGUCUUCUAUGAAGACGACGGGGAAUACAAAAACCUUCUGACCAUUCCAAAGGUCAAAAUCUUCCGCUUUGAAGCGCCGCUUUAUUAUGCAAACAAGGACUUUUUCCUGAAGUGCCUCCACAGAAGGACAGGCCUGGAUCCAGCUGUGGAAAUCGCCAAGAGGAAAAAGGCCAAGAGGAAAGGUCAACGAAGCCUUGAGAAGGGACCAGGCCAGGGAGAGCAGACUCCAUGGCUAGUCCCUAAACACAACGACCUGCAAGCCAUCGUUAUAGACUGUUCAGCCAUUUUGUUCGUCGACACGGCUGGAGUGAGCACAUUAAAGGACACGCACAAAGACCACCAGGAGCUCCAAAUCACUGUUCUCUUGGCUUGCUGCAACCCCAGUGUGAUAGAUUCUCUAGAAAGAGGAGGCUAUUUGGGGAGUGAAAACAAAGACAUGCACGAGUUGCUCUUUCAUAGUAUCCACAGUGCCAUUCAGUUCGUAAGAGAGAAGGAGAUUUUAGCCAAUGUCUCUGUUGUAUAG